AUGGAGGACUAUAAUGAUUCCGGCAGUAAUUGCGAUGAAUACUCUGACGGAGAUGAUGUCGGAAUGGAAUAUGAUCAAGAAACUGAAGAGGAGAUGGACUAUUCUUCAUCGCGGACAAAGGGUUCCUCAUGUAAGGUGAUCAGAAAAGAAACCCUUUUAGCAGCACAGAAAGAAGAUUUGAGAAGAGUGAUGGAUUUGAUGUCAUUGAAAAAGGAGCAUCACGCAAGGACCUUGCUUAUUCAUUAUCGUUGGAAUGUUGAUAGGGUUUUGAAUGACUUUGCUGAAAAAGGUGUUGAGUGGCUGUGUAAAAUUGCCGGUUUGUCACUCAAUACCAAUCAAGAAGAUGAUCUUCAACGAUCCGAAACAAUAACUUGCGGAAUCUGCUUUGACGAAGUUCCUUCAAGAUCAGAUUCAAGUACUAUGAUGGAAUGUGGGCAUAGUUUUUGCAACAAUUGUUGGACGGAACACUUUAUUGUGAAGAUCAAUGACGGCCAAAGCAGACGUGUUACUUGUAUGGCACAUAAAUGCAAUGAAAUAUGUGAUGAAGAAAGCGUAAGAAAUAUGGUUCGCUUACGAGAUCCUGAUUUGGCCGAAAAGUUUGAUCGGUUUCUCCUGGAAUCGUAUGUUGAUGACAACAAGAGCAUAAAGUGGUGCCCUAGCGUUCCUCAUUGCGGGAACGCGAUUACCGUGGACGACGGCGAUGAAUACCGCGAGGUUGAAUGUGUUUGCCGGGAAGAAUUCUGUUUUCGAUGCGCAUCAGAACCGCACUCGCCGUGCUCGUGUUUGAUGUGGGAGAGUUGGGUAAUAAAGGGUCAGGAUGAAUCCGAGACGGUUAACUAUUUCGCUGCCAAUACAAAACCUUGCCCGAAAUGUUCUAAACCGGUGGAGAAAGAUGGCGGAUGCAAUCAUGUUCGAUGUGUUUGUGGACAGUCUUUCUGCUGGCUUUGCGGCGAAGCCACCGGCCUUGAUCACUCGUACGACCGCAUUUUCGAUCAUACUUGUGGCCGUUUUAAAAAAGAUUAUAAACAGAAAAUCGAGAAAGCGAAACAGAAACUGUCUCGGUAUUCUCACUACUAUAGCCGAUACAAAGCGCACAAAGAUUCAUUAAAGCUCGAGACCGGUUUGAAGGAUGAGUUACAAGAAAAGAUUGUGAUGUUGGAACAGAAAAGCGAGACGAGUUCGGGAGACUUGAGUUGGGUGACCAAAGGUUUUAGCAGACUAAUCAAAUCAAGGAAGAUAAUAUCGAAUUCGUAUCCUUUUGCGUAUUACAUGUUCGAUGAAGACCAUCAUUUCAGUGAUGGAAUGAAGAAAGAAACAGAAAGGGAAAUAGGGCAGAGUCUUUUUGAAGGGCAGCAACAGCAGCUUGAAUCAAUGACUGAGAGGCUCUCAUUGUUAUUGGAAGAGCCUUUUGAUAUUUAUUCUGGGGAUAAACUUAUGGAGAUCAAAAGGACGGUCCUUGAUCUCUCUGCGGUUGUUGAUAACUACUGCAAAAGAUUGUAUGAUUGCAUCGAAAACGAUCUCGCGGUAACUCAGAUUAUAGCUCCCUAUAGGUCUUGCGGUCUGGAGAAAGCUUUAUAA